AAACACAAGGAUCUGAAGACUAUAUCGUUUCGGUUUAAACUUAAAAUAACGAUGCUGAUGUUGUAACGCCAACGACGUUGGUAAUUCCCGGCACUUGUACCCUUUCUUGUUGACCUUCUCGAAGGGUUAAUACAUCAAUAAUGCACAAAUCCGCAUACCGGCUACUACUGCUUGGCCUUUUCUUGGGCAUGGCUCAUAGUGCGGCAAUAAACCAAGCCUCACUUGACCUGACCGCACCGAGCUUCUCCAUUCCCUAUGGCAACUCGCAGAUUCAGUUGUUCAACGCGACUUCACCAACAUCGGCCCACCCUGUGCUGUAUUUCACACCGGCCGUCACUCUCGCCCCGGAAGAAACGGAAAUCAUGCUGGACCCGGAAGGCGAAGCCAACUGUGUCUUCGUCACCGUAAGGUUGUGGAAUACGAAUUACAUGUCUGCCGUUCAGGACUGCGUCAGACAACGCACGCACGACCCAACGACCGUGACGUCUCCGAUUCCCUUCAAAUCCAUCCAGGCUGAGUACUCUGCCAACAACCUCACUGGAGAAAUGAAGAAGAAUUCGUGGCAGCCGAUAACCGGAACGCCAAUACCGCCAAGUGUAGCCUUGUGCCUCCGCUGUCCCACACCGGCUGCCUGCAACGAUACCAAGACGGCCCUGGAUUCGGACAGCGCCAGUUUUGCCUCGCAUUUGUUCGUAUCAUUCGCUACAUACGCGCCAGGUUCGAAAGGCCGUGCCCAAUCCCAGUACAGGGUCACCGCGAGCAUUGGGACCACCGGUACCGAUGGAUCGGAUAUAGUGCCACCGGUCUGCACUGAUAUAAGCUCCAGAUCAGAUAAUUCGAGCGGAGGCCUCGGAAAACAAACGGUCAGCGGAAACGCUUCCACUUCGGCCAAUGGAACCGUUUCUAAUGGGACUGCUUUCUCUUCGUCUUCGUCUGCCAAUUCAACCGUUUCUCCGUCGGCUACCAAUGGAACCGUUUCCAAUGGGACCGAAAAUAUUUCGCCUUCUAACGGAACCGUUUCCUCUAAUGGAACCGUUUCCAAUGGGACCGAAGACUCUUUGUCUACCAAUUCAACCCUUUCUCCUUCGGCUCCUAAUGGAACCGCGUCCAAUGGGACCGUUUCCCCUUCGCCUACUAAUGGGACCGAUGUUAUUUCAAAAUCAGAUAUCCCGAUCGAGGGCGAAAUGGUCACCGUCCACUGGCAGGUUCGAGUACCGGAAAGUCUGUAUGCCAUUUCCAAUACAACUAUCCAGGUGACCGUUCGCGAUGCGGAUGACCACCCUUUGAUCCAGAUGAACGUAACGACCGCUCCUGUCACGGGAGAAUUUACGUUACGCCUAUCACGAACCAGCAAAUAUAGCCUCCAGUUCGAAACAUCCGGAUUCAAUAAUUUAUCAUAUGCUCCCAUCGUACUGCGCAACUUUACCCAGUUCUUUACCCCAGGCAGCGAUGUUUUCAUGGAACCGCUGGGGUUCCUUCGCAUUGAUCCCAAGUUCAAGGGAAUCGGCAAAGCCCUGGGAACCGUGCGUUUGGUCAACACAAGCGGUGCUUAUUCAAUUAAAGGAAUCCAAGUGCAACUGCGAGCUGGACUGAACAACGUCACGGGUCCGGUUGCGGCUACAGCGACGACCAAUGCAAAUGGCCUAUGGUCGGUGAAGCUCCCUGGAGGACACUACACAGCUACAGUAUCGUCGCCUGAUAAUAAGUUCACGGCCCCGCCGUUCACUGUUCCGGUGUUCAGAAUCGAUGACCUUCGGGACUGCGCGAUGACCCCACAGUUUGAAAAAGGAGAUAUCCGAAUCGUCUUGCGAGGGAACGGGUUUACGCCUAACGUUAUUUUCGGUCCGCACGAUGUUAAACUGAUUGUUACCGGGCCGCUGCAGGACAAGGCUAACCAGAGUACAGAAGUUCGAGCCAACUCCACUGUUAGCGCGGACAAAUUGAUGGUUUACGACUAUAUUGACCAGUUAUUUGGCAGCGUCCUGAUCCGGAAGCAGCUGCCCGGUGUUUACCGCAUUCAGGUCUAUGAAACGAAUGCGAUUCAGUCAAAACCCGAUUCGAAAUCGCAGUCAAAACCUGCUUCUAAAUCAACGGAAUGGGAUCUGGCCAACUCGCAAGCCACGGUGGAGAUCUACCGGGGUGAUAAAUUGUGGGCGCAGUAUUUCGUGCCAAUCAAGAGCGGAAAUAUGUGGACUGUGGCCGAAAUUAACGGUACGCAAAUCAAUACCGUCAACGACAUGCAGACCGUUCCCCUUUGGCCUGCUGAAGCAAACCAGCCAAAUAAAGGAAAGCAGCCAAAUAAGGAAAAGCAGCCAAAUAAGAAAAAGCAGCCAAAUAAGGACAAGCAGCCCAGUAAAGGAAAACAGCUAAAUAAAGGAAAGCAGCCGAAUAAAGGAAAGCAGCCAGAGGUCCCGGCUGGUCCGAUAGAGCCAAAAGGCUUUUUUAAGUAGUUUAGAUCGAUAUUUACGUCUAUCUAUAUUGUUUGUAUGCAAACCGUUAUAUCAUGGAUGGAAAAUCGUUAAAUGUGUGGUGAAAUACAUUGUGGUGGGUUUCGAGUUUGAAUUUCAUUAUUUACUAAACUGUUACUGUUAAGUGCUAAGAAACCUUAGAAAGAAUGGAAGAUCAAACAGUAUUAAAGCAUGACUCCUGAAAAUUUGUUAUAAUUUUCUU